CGAAAAGGUGUAUUUUGUACGGGUACCCGGUACCCGGCAUUUUCUUAUCGGUUCUCAUCUGGAACCGAGUUUCGGUUCCCAACCCUAGUAACGGGUUAGCAGAGAGAGGGGUACAGACAUUUAAAAGGAUGAUGAAAAAAUGUCCAGAAGGCACACUGACAGCCAAAGUAGCCAAAGUGUUAUUUAGUUAUCGUGUGACUCCUCAGACUACAACAGGUCUGUCACCAGCAGAGCUGCUUCUCGGGAGGAAGCUACGUUGCUGUUUGGAUUAAAUUCAUCCAGAUCUGUGCAUGAAGGUGAAAGAAAAGCAGGAAAGACAAAUAAGAGAUCAUGACAAAAAGGCUAAGGGGCGCUGGUUCAAAACAGGUGACUCAGUGCUGAUGAGAAACUUCAGUCUUGGACCCAAGUGGAUUCCAGGAAUCAUAGAGUCAGUGACAGGGCCAGUGUCAUAUAAAGUGAUGCUGGGUGAUGGGAGAGUAGUCAGGAGACAUGUGGACCAGAUUCAUGCUCACCACCAAAGACCAGAAAAAGACCAUGAAAGACAACAGACUGACUCGACUCAGCUAAGUCAGGCAGCCAAAAAAAGAGAGACAUGGCAGGACGUUGAGAAUGUGGUGCUCAGUGGGGACGAGUUGGAAGAGCCAGCAGCUACAGAAGCUGCAGCAGCAGAGAGGGUCCAUGGAACUGUGGAAAAUACAAGUCCAGGGAAGAGACAGUCAAAAAGAGAGACCAAGUUACCCAGUUACCUUAAAGACUUCCAGCUGAGCUAAGAAGGGAAUAGAUAAUACUGUUGUGAGGUUGUGAGUCACCUGUUAGUUUUAAUAAAAAAAAUAAAAAAAUGUUACAGUGUUACAAUGUUCCUGUUGGAUGUAUAUAACCUGCUUGAAGGGAAGGGGAUGUUGUAAGAUCAUAUCAUUGCAUGUUAGUUCACCAGUCCACUAGGUGGCACUGUGACAUUUAAGUUGUUGCCGUUCCAUAAGCAUAGAAGAGGACCUGGGAGCUAUGUUGUUAUGCUAAGUAUGUGGUGAACCGGAGUCGCAGUUCGGCGCUACCAGAAACCAAUAAACUCCACUAUGCUCACCAGCAGCCUCCUUGCUGCCAGUAUGAAAGAGAAGCCCCUCUCCUCUCUGUGCACCCCCGCUCUGGUGGUGGAUGUGGACAAAGUGAAGAGAAAUGCCCUGAGGAUGAUCGAGCGCUGUCAGAAACUGGGGGUCCAGCUUCGGCCCCACAUGAAGACCCAUAAAACCCUUGAGUGUGCUGACAUCAUGACAGGUGGAUCACGGAGGUGCAUCGUGGUCUCCACACUGGCAGAGGCCUGUUUCUAUGCCGACCAUGGGUUUGAUGACAUCCUCUAUGCAUACUCUCUUCCCCUUGAUAAGGUGGAGCGCUGUGCCGACCUCUCAGAGAGGCUGGAUCUCUUCCAGAUUUUACUGGAUCAUCCUCAUGCUCUGGAUGAGCUCAAAAAGAGACCCCUGAGAGACGGUCGGCUGUGGCACGUCUGGCUCAAACUGGACUGUGGUAAUGGGAGAGCUGGGGUCCUGCACUCGCAGCCUGAGGCGAUCAGCUUGGCUCAGGCCAUCGUUGGGACGAAAGGUGUGGAGCUAACAGGAGUGUACGUUCACUGUGGGAACAGCUAUAACUGCAGAGGAGUGGAGCAGAUUCAGGCCGUCGCCCAGGAAACCACUGACCUGACUCUGCAAUUCAUGGAAAAACUGAAGGCUUCUGGGAUCACCUGUAAGUCCAGCAUUGGCUCCACCCCUUCCUGUAGUCACCCAGUAAAAGACAUGGGGAAGCUCAGCGAGGUGCAUCCUGGGAACUAUGGAUUCUACGACGUGCAGCAGUCUGUGAUUGGCUCGUGUACUCUGGAGGAAGUGGCUGUGAAGGUUCUGACGAGAGUCAUCGGACACUGUCCUCACAGGAACCAACUCCUGAUCGACUGUGGAUGGUGCGGACUCAGUCAAGACGGAGCUGGAAAACUUCCCACUGGAUAUGCUGUGAUCGAAGGACACCCAGACCUCAAGUUGUUGUCUAUGACCCAGGAGCACGGUCGAGUGGAGCCCAUCUCAGGGCCGCUGGACUACAGUAAAUUUCCCCUGGGCUUUCUGCUCACACUGAUCCCCUACCAUUCGUGUGCAACUGCAGUGAUGCAUCCUGUGUACCAUGUGCACUCUGAGGGCCGUCUGCUGGGCAAGUGGAUCCCGACACGCGGGUGGUGAACAGAUAGCUAACUUGUCAAUCAUGUCAUUUGUAAUUAAUCCCAGAAUAUAAGUGUAGAGAUUUUCCAAAACCACUGAUUUAAUAACACUUUGCGUACUAUGUAGACCUCCCUAAUGUUUUUGUAUGUGAAGCAAUUUGAUGAAAAAUAAACACAUGUAUAUGCUUUUAAAUGUUUAAAUGAAUAAAAGCUGUAGCACUA